CUUCUGGGACGGACCAAAGUGCUCAUUUCAGUGGAAGAUGUCAACGAUAACAGACCCGAAGUGACCAUUACAUCUUUGUUUAGCCCAGUCUUGGAAAAUACUCUUCCUGGGACAGUAAUUGCCUUCUUGAAUGUGCAUGACCGAGACUCUGGGAAGAAUGGUCAAGUUGUCUGUUACACACGUGAUAACUUACCUUUUCAAUUAGAAAAAUCAAUAGAUAAUUAUUAUAGAUUGGUGAUAUGGGAAUAUUUGGACCGAGAAAAGAUCUCUAUGUAUAAUAUAACAGUGAUGGCCUCAGAUCUAGGAACCCCACCUCUAUCUACUGAAAUUCAUAUUGCCGUGCACGUGGCAGACACCAACGACAAUCCACCCAUUUUCCCUCAUGCCUCCUACUCAGCCGAUAUCCCGGAGAACAACCCCAGAGGCGCCUCCAUCUUCUCUGUGACGGCCCAUGACCCUGACAGUGGCAACAAUGCCCAGGUCACUUACUCUCUGACCAAAGACACCAUCAUGGCGACGCCUCUCUCGUCUUAUGUCUCCAUCAACUCUGACACUGGCGUCCUAUAUGCGCUGCGCUCCUUUGACUAUGAGCAGAUCCAAGACUUGCAGCUACUGGUGACAGCCAGUGACAGUGGGGACCCUCCACUCAGCAGCAAUGUGUCACUGAGCCUGUUCAUCCUGGACCAGAACGACAAUGUGCCAGAGAUCCUGUACCCCAUGCUUCCCACCGACGGUUCCACGGGUGUAGAGCUGGCACCCCGCUCUGCAGAGCCUGGCUACCUGGUGACCAAGGUGGUGGCUGUGGACAGAGACUCAGGCCAGAACGCCUGGCUGUCCUACCGCCUGCUCAAGGCCAGCGAUCCAGGUCUCUUCACGGUGGGGCUGCACACGGGUGAGGUGCGCACAGCGAGGGCCCUGCUGGACAGAGACGCGCUCAAGCAGAGCCUGGUGGUGGCGGUCCAGGACCAUGGCCAGCCCCCUCUCUCUGCCACCGUCACACUCACCGUGGCAGUGGCCAGCAGCAUCCCAGAAGUCCUUGCCGACCUGGGUAGUAUCAGGACCCCCACCAGCUCUGAUGAUUCAGACCUCACACUGUACUUGGUGGUGGCAGUGGCCGUUGUUUCCUGCAUCUUCCUCGCCUUUGUCAUUGUGCUGCUGGCUCUCAGACUGUGGCGGUGGCACAAGUCGAGUCUUCUCCAGGCUUCGGGCGUCGGGUUGGCAGGCCUGCCAGCCUCAGGCUUUGUGGGCAUGGAGGGAGUACAGGCUUUCCUGAAGACCUAUUCCCAUGAGGUCUCCCUUACCUCUGAUUCGCGGGGGAGUCACGUGAUCUUCCCGCAUCCCAACUAUGCGGACACGCUCAUCAGUCAGGAGAGCUGUGAGAAAAAGGAUUCCUUGUUAACAUCCAGAGAUUUUCAUGAAUGUAGGGAUGAAGCUGCUUCUGUUCAGGUGAGUUCAGUUCUUUGUUUACGUUUAUUUCUUAGAGGAAUUAUAUUUUUUAUACAUUUAAGUUGUGUUUUGAAACAUGCAUUGUGAAGAAAGUUUAAAAAUAAUUUUUGAGGUGUACCACAAAGUUCUGGGUUUGUGUUAGUGAUACCAUAAAAUUGAGUUCUAAUCAACAUAAUUGUUUUAUCUGCUUUCCAAAGGCUUAGACAAGAUUGUUUAAAUAUGAACUCUUGACCUCUUAAAGCCUUCCAUAUUUUACCACAAUUAUCACUUAUUCACUUAAGAAAUAGUUACCCAAUCACAUAUGGUCAGUUCGUUUUAUAUAUAGGAAUAUAUGUGUGUGUGUGUAUAUACACACAUAUAUAUGUAUACAUAUAAGUUAAAACUUACAAAACAUUAUUGAGGCUUCUAAACCCUUGUAUUAGCUUAGUAAAAGUAAAAUACAUCUCAGAAUUUUUAGGAUUCUUAGGUUUGCAAAGAAUCCUAAGAAUUCUUCGCUAAAACUAAAACUAGGCUCUUGAAAUUUUCUUCACUUUAAACCUCUUUUCUGAGCCCCGCAUCUGGAUCACUACCAUUCAAAGCUUUAAUACUUCUUAUAUUUCAAAACAAACAUAUUUUAAAGGGUGGUGGUAGAUGAGACUGGUCCCUAACACACACACCACUGUUUUUGUGUGUCAGUGGUCACCCAGGACUCAUACCAAUGGAGACAUAGAAUCUGAAGCCUAAAAUGGUCAUUGCCCCCUGCCCCCAUCAAAUUUGCAAUAACAUGUCAUUUUAAAUUGUUGAAAAUGACUUUUGUAAAAUACAGAAGAACGCGUUUCAUUAGAAUUCCAAUGAGCUGUUUUGAUUGUACAGCCAUGUGAAAUGUGCUGUGUUCUCAUGGUUCGAGUUCGAGAGUGUUGGUUUUAAGAACAGAAGUUACAUGUACACAAAUUCUAAACAAACCAAUCAAAAAUGAUUCAAUUAAAAAUGAUUAAAAUUCAAUUAAAAAUGAUUCCGUCUGGACUAUAUGACUUCCGUAUCCCUUGUUAUAGCAUUUAAAUAAAACUAACCUCUGAUUUGUCAUCAGAUGAGAGUGGAAAUCACAAUGAAUUAUUCGUUAGUAAUUAAAAGGACAUUUCCCAGGGAUUGUGCUGUGUUCCUUCCAAUUUUGCGUGUACAAUGGGUAGGAGUUAACUUCAUAUUUUCUGUAGUGUCUGGGUGUACAGUCACUUGAGGAGACAACUAUUUUGUUGACACUUUGCAAAUUUAAAAAGUGUGUGGAAAGAUGCCCCAAUACUCUUGCUCAAAGCAUUCACUAAUUGCAAAAUGUUUUUAAACAAAUGGAGUAAAAUAAUUAGAACAGGUGUCACUACAUUCAGUGAAUUUAUGUAAAUACAUUUACCAGGAGCUCAAUUCCUCCAAUUCUGAAGCCAUUACUUUAGCAUAACAGAAGUACAUAGAUAAGGAGCUAAUGCAUUCUAUUAGAAUAUCCCUUUGUGACUUUGUAUUGAAGGAUAGACUAACAUUUCAAUACAUUUUAAGGAUGAAUUUAUAUGUGAUAUUGGGUAUGACAUAAGCCAGUUAAUUUUGAGAUAUGAAGUAGGAGGUACAGUUAAUAAUAUCCUGGCUACAUCAUAGGGACGGUUUUUUUUAAUGAAUACUUCUUGAGAUAGAAGAGUAAAAAGAAAUUAUUUUGUAAAGAGAGUGUUGAGAUGAUCAGAAGGAGAUGUUUGAGGAUUGGUACAAAAUUACACAAUUUUACAAAAUAGUUUUCAACAGUAUUGAUUUCUCUAAUAUAUGUGAUAUGAAAUAGCAUUGAGUAUGUAGAAAUGUUGGGGAUAAACAUAGGAAUCAGUGAAAGAAGCUUAAAAUUUUUUUAUAUAUCAUAGCUAAUAAACAGAAACGAUUCGUGAAAUUAGCAGACAAUAAACUUUCUGAGGGCAAGACCUGUGUCUUAUUCUUUGUUAUAUGGCCACUGACAAGGACAGUACUUAGCACAAAGCAAAAGUUCAAUGUAUGUUUGUAGAAUGGUGAAAUAAAUGGACCAAUAUAUGUAAGUUUGUAUACAGGCCCAACAUGAUAUUUCUAAUAAUUUGGAAACAAGAGAAAAGAUACCUUAAGGAAGUCUUGAUAAUUUAAGGUAUUAAAUAUAUUAACAUAAAAA